GCGUGAAAUACUACAUGAAUAUCGUGUUAAUUGAAAAAAUUAAAAGAUGAUGAAUCACAAAUUCAGUGAAUUGACACUAGAAGACAUCCUGGAUGUAGAAAUCAGCGACUCGAGCAAACCGUUCAUCACCAAAUUGAUUUAUGGUCGGGAGUUGAAGAAACUAGAUAUUCCUACGCUGGAAGAUGACAAAUGCGAGGUGGUGGGUUGGCAUUUGGGCGGCGCCCGGGCGGAACAGCUGCGCGAUCCGCGAAUCGUCCGAGUUGGCCUCAUCCAGAAUACGAUCGUCCUGCCUACCUCGGAGCCGAUCGCCGAUCAGAGGAAAGCGAUACACGAUAAGGUCGGCAAGUACAUCGAGCACGCGGCCAAGUGCGGCGCCAACAUCGUCUGUAUGCAGGAGACUUGGACAAUGCCGUUCGCUUUUUGUACGCGCGAAAAGUAUCCCUGGACGGAAUUCGCCGAGGAAGCGGAGAGCGGGCCCACGUACAAGCUGCUUUCGACUUUCGCUCAGCGUUACAAUAUGGUGAUAAUCUCGCCGAUUCUGGAACGAGACAUUAACAAAGACGACGUUAUCUGGAAUACGGCGGUGGUAAUCGGCACCGAUGGUCUUAUUAUCGGCAAGCACAGGAAGAAUCAUAUACCCCGCGUAGGUGACUUUAAUGAGUCGACCUACUACAUGGAGGGCAAUACCGGACAUCCCGUCUUCGACACUCCUUUUGGCAAGAUCGCAAUCAAUAUCUGCUAUGGCCGACAUCAUCCUCUCAACUGGCUCAUGUUUGGUAUUAACGGUGCUGAGAUUGUAUUUAAUCCUUCGGCAACGGUGGACAAUCUUUCGGAGCCGCUAUGGCCGAUCGAGGCUAGGAACGCGGCGAUAGCCAACAGUUACUACACGUGUGCCAUCAAUCGUGUCGGCACUGAACAGUUUCCCAAUGAAUUUACAUCGGGCGACACGAAACCCGCACACAAGGAGUUUGGCCACUUUUACGGCUCGAGUUACGUCACAGCGCCCGAUGGCGCAAGAACGCGUGGAUUAUCUCGAUACAAGGACGGGCUUCUGGUUGCCGAACUUGAUCUGAACUUGUGUCGCCAAACGAAAGACGAAUGGGGAUUUAAGAUGACUGAAAGAUUGGAUAUGUACGCAAAGAAACUUUCUGAAGCAUCACAGACCGGUUUCAAGCAGCAAAUCCUUUGAAAAUUAAGACUCAAAAGAAGGAAAUUUAAUAUGAUAUUAUAAAACAAUUUACUGUAAAUGUA